AGGACCCCGAAGUCCACUUGUCCUCCUAUGGCGAAUUUGUGGACACCACCCGUUAGCGUGGAACGAACAAAUCUUUCCACCGUUUUAGCGUCCCUGUCGCCUCCCCAAAGUGAGGAUUUUAUGUCCACCACAUCGACUUCUCCCUAUGUUGUUUCAAACUCCCUUCGAAGUUCCCAUUACAGAAUACGACCUGCUCGCAAGUUGGCCGCACCGUAUCAGCACGUUCCCGCGCCUGGUCAUAAAUUGUACCUCUAUUGCUGGGCUCUCCCUGAUGCGCACAUCCUAGAGGAGCUGGCUGGCGUCGGCGUCGGUUGUUUUCCAGACACAGGGCGAACCAUCGGGUUGCUCUUCUCCGACCCCAUUUCUAUGGUUGACCCCGUAUGCCGCUUACCGCUCUAUCUGACCCGUGGAAUGGCACGAGCCUAUGUUCACCUGGCCGUACGACCAGUUUUGUCCAACUCUCAGUUGCAAGUCGUCCAAACCACUCAUGUGAUUUUGUGCCAUCUUCUCAUGGAACUGGUCAAACGUGAAUUGCAUUCGGUCACAACAGAAGCCUUGGUCGAUUGCACGCAGUACAUGGACCAAUUCGCCUAUAAUCCCCGUCGAGCGCAUGUCCUCGGGUAUCUAACAAUUGUCCAGUUGUGUAAUGGUCGGUUUAAGGGAAUUGACUUCCAAAGCAGCAUGAAUCUCAUGGACUGGUUUACAUGCCGCAAAUCUUGGUAUCCGGACCACGUGAUCGCCGCCAACCAGAACAACAUCACGCCCUCCGGUGGUGUUGUCAGUGCUUAUCCGUGCAAACUUUCGGAAAUCCACCCAAGCCACUGGCCUGGAUUGAUCGUCCGGCCCUCGUGUCUUCCCCCAGCAGAUGUCGGACUUUUUGUUUCCAGCGAGGCAAUCAGUCCAGCUCGAUCGAAUGCUGACUGGCAGAUCACCUGUUACCGGCUUUCCCGUCACCUUCAUGCGAGCAGAGCGUCAGCUGGCUUUCGUCCACCCAAUACAACUGCUUCAAAAAAAUCCUCAUCCCGUUUUCCCUCUCAUCUCUGUUCCGUACACCCGCUCACCGCUUUUCUGUGGUUCCAACUCUCCAUCGUUCCAACCGUGCUUUAUCAACUCAAUCGAGCCUUGCUGAACGCGGAAUUUUUCACCGUUUUGUGCGAACUACUGUCAGUGCGUCCUUCUAAAGACCUUGCCUCUGUCUUACUUCCCGAUCGAUUGGAUUCACAGAGUGCAGAGGGUUUCAGUGCAAUUGAUAGAUCUGCGCCAAUGGAUCGCGAUUCAAAUCGUUCAAUCGAUCAUGCGUGGAGUAAAACGCGAGGUAUUCGGAACAACCUGGAGCCAGAUCACUAUGUGCCAUCACCAUCCAAGAUCUUAGAAGCAACCACCUUUCUGGGAGCCUGUGCCUUUGUUGAUUUGGAACGGCUAGAACUGUUGGGUGACUCUGUACUACAGCUGAUUUCAACUCUCUAUGUGUUUAGCAAUUCUCCUGAUAGUUCAGAUGAAGGUUAUCUCACCUCGAAACGGAGCACAAUAGUUUCCAAUCGCAACCUCUGCCAAACAGCUUUGCGGCGUGAUUGGCAAGAGUUCUGUACAAGCCAACCAUUUGAUCCGCCCGAUCACUUCUCCCCUCCGUGUUUCACGGUUUGCCAUCUGCACAUCACGGAGAAUGAUCCCCGACUCUACGUUAAGUUGACGCACAAGUCCAUCGCGAACAUGAUGGAGGCGUUGGUAGGUUGCUUUCAUCAGCACGUCGGGCUGCAGGCAGCCUGUCGAUUUCUGCAUACGUUAGACAUAUCCCUCCUGGACUUGACCACCGAUGGAUCCCCAUGGAGCACAUUGUUUGACGAUGAUUCCUCGCUGUCCCAUCGACUUCAUCACUUAUCCCUUGAUCAGUAUGAAUCACGUUCAAACAGUCAACACCCCUCCACUGUUUUGUCAAGGCGGCCAGAUGGAACCUAUAAAGGUGGCGUUGCUUCCAAGUUGUUGUACCAAUUUCGCGAUGAUUCAUUGCUGUUACAAGCACUGACUCACAAUUCCGCGUCUUCUUCCAACUGCUACCAACGGUUGGAAUUUCUCGGCGAUGGUGUCCUUCAUUACAUAGUGACGAAUUUCCUAUUCACCAGAUUUCCAGACUAUAAUCCGGGACAACUGACGAUGCAUCGUCAGUUGCUGUGUAAAAACACGAUACUGGCUUACGCAUUGUUUGUGCGUGAAUUGCAUCCGUACAUUAUCCACAACUUGCCAAACUUUCAGUGUUUAGUAUCAAAAAUGGAGUCAGUUCGCGAUCAAGACUUCCGCACUCUCCAGUUGAUAGAUAAUUCCCUUGAACUGGACACCACCGGGCUUCCUAUGAAAAUGUUUGCCGAUGUGUUCGAAGCGCUGAUCGGAGCAGUUUUCUUGGACUCCCACGGAGAUUUACCGCGCACCACUCAAGUGGUUUAUGUUCUUUUGGCUAACCUUCUAUAUAUGAAGUCGACGCAGUCGUGAGGAGACCCGGUGACAAGCGCCCUCGGAUCAUGCCUUUCAACUAUUUUUGAUCUAUUUUCUCGGAUUGUUUGAUUUUGUAUCUCUUAUCUAUUGUGUAACGAAAUACCAAUCUCAUACCGCAUCCCAUUGGUAUCACCAU